CAUUAUGUGGAACUAAACCAGAAUUCAGGAUGAGCACCGCUAUGUUGACGUAAUUUCCCCGGGAAUCUAAUAAGGGCAAUGUAGGGGGGGGGGUGUUCCACGAAGCCGGAAGUGGACGAAGGUUAGCAGGUUAACUUAAGCUAGAAGUCAUUCCUAUUGGACAAUCAUAACUUCUACCUUAAGUUUAUUCGACUAACUCAGAGAUCCUGCUUUGUGGAACACCCCCCAGGACUUUGCUGAGGUCUCUGCAUCAUCAUGGCCAGCUUUAAGGUGCGGAAGUAUAGGGAUGAAGACGAGGAGCCGGUGAAGGAGAUCUUUGCACUGGGGAUGAGUGAGCAUGUGCCCACCUCCUUCAUGCACAUGCUGAAACAGCCCCUUACCCAGAUGGUGCUCAUGUGCAUCUUCUGCGCUUUGCUGACCAGCUCCAAGUCAUUUCUCCUGCCCGUGUUGGCUGUGACUCUGCUUCUGGCUGGAGCUCGGCAGCUGGUCAGCUACCUCUUCACCAGCUACAUCGACACCAGCCUGAAAGAUGAUCUCAAAUGCAUCCGGGAGACCUAUAUGGAGAAGAAGGACUCAUGCUUUUGGGUGGCGGAGAGCGAGGGCCGGGUGGUGGGCAUGGUGGCCUGCUUAACCUCCCAGACUGAGGAGUGCUUGGAGCUGAAACGCAUGUCAGUGCGACGGAGCCACCGCGGCCUGGGAAUUGCUAAGGAACUUUGCAAAGUGGUGGCGGACUUCACUCGUGAGAGCGGCUAUAAGGCUGUCAUACUCUACACUUCUGUGGUCCAGACAGAUGCCCAGAGGUUGUAUGAACAUGUGGGCUACAAGAAAACUGGGGACUUUGUAUUCCAAAGUCUACUUGCCAAGGUCUUCAAUUUUUACAUUUAUGAGUACAGAUUAGAGGUACAAGAGGUUACAGGUGGCUAAGCUGUAGUUUUUUUCAAGCCAUCUUACAGAUUAAAAUUAAAAUUUGUGGCUUGGUGUCUGUUGACUUCAGCAUGCCUCUGCAUUCAUUUAUGCUGUUUUCCCUUUUCAUUCUGAUUAGUGUCUCUUGCAUUCAGGUCAUUUCACCAGUUGUAUUUGUGCUCAGUACUUAACUGGAAACCUGCUAGAUCACGUUAUUUGCACAAUGCAUAUCAGAUGUUCUUCAGAGCAUCGUGGGACAUAACUGAGAGCCUUUGUUGGAUUUACUAACACCGUGAAGAAACAGCAUCUGUUUUCAGAUGCAUGUGAAUACAGCUUCUGCUGGGACAUUGUUUGAAUGGUUAAAAUUUUAACUUCCCUGUCAUUUUGAAUAAAGUACUGCAAAUUGAUGGCAA